ACUGAACAAACGAGCUCCUUAAGACCCGGCACCGACAACCGUUCAAUUGAAAUGAUUGGAGGAGAGCAUUUGCGUCACGGUCACCCAUUGGCUAUCCGAAACGACAGUCAACUCGAUUGGCAGCGAUAAAACACUUCUGACAUGUCCCUCUCCCGCAUGGUGGCGACAGAAACUCUGGCAGGUUUGAUGUCACUGAUGUGGAGCGUGAAGGUGGUCGGCCUGGGAGUGGUGGCAUUCUCUCUGAGUCUGGAGCUGCUUGGCUGGCUCUUGGGUCGCCUCAGACACAAAAGAUCCCUUAACAAGGUCCUCUUCUUCCCCUCAGAGGUGGCCUGCGUGGAGCAUUUGUUCAGUCCAAAUUCAGCUCGCGCAUGUAUCUGUCCGCUGCCACAUGGUGUAGAGACAUCUUUCUCUCGUCUCCUCUGCCACAUCCUCUCUGCCACCUCCUCUCUGGACUUGUGUGUUUUUUCUUUUUCCAACAUGGACCUGAGUAGAGCUGUACUACUGCUGCAUAAAAAGGCUGUAACUAUCCGAGUCCUGAGUGACAAGGACUAUUCUGCCAUCACUGGCUCUCAAAUAGGGAUUCUCCGUAAGGCUGGCAUCUGCGUUCGAUGCGAUGUAGGCUCUGCAUACAUGCACCACAAGUUUGCAGUGGUGGACGGCCGGCUCCUCAUCACCGGCUCCCUCAACUGGACGUUGACAGCAGUGCAGAGCAACUUUGAGAACAUCCUCAUCACGGAGGAGGCAGAGCUUGUCCAGCCCUUCAUCAAGGAGUUCCACCGGUUAUGGGUGCUCAAUGAUCCAGCCCGAUUCUAUAAGAACCUGAUUAGCGAUGACGAACACUGACAGAUGGAGAAGAUGUGCGUGCAAAAUCUGUUUCUUCAGCUUAGCCUGUUGAUCUUUUCUUGUUGUCAAGGAAACUGGAGGAGACACUGGAAGGAAUGAGACUUGUUUCAUCAUUCAGCCAGCAUCUGCAAUAUAUAGUUUCUGUUCAAGGCAUGUUUUUGUAUUUUUCUUAGUUGGAAAAACAAUGCCUUUUAAGUUCUAACCAAUAUAUUAACUCGCAGAUGGUAUCUCAGUUUUCUAAAGACUAAUAAAGAGAAUGCCUUUUGUUUGAGUAUGGUUAAACAUACGCUGUUUAUUUAGCUUAGAAUGUGUCUUUUAUUUUCUUUUAGAUAUUUUUGUCUCAGCUGUUAGAUCUGGUAAUUAAGCUACUUUGUGUUUUUAUGUGAUAGCAUACUGCUAUAUGUUCAAUACAAAUAUGGAUAGGAAUUGGUUUAUUGCUUAAAUUGAAAUCUUUAUACAUCUUCUGUACUGAGUUGCACUUGCUGUAAAAAUUGAAGUUGAUUGUGUUUUUACUGCAGGCUCGGUGUAGCAGUGUUGCAUAAUUUAUCCUUCACAUUUUAUAUUGUUCCAAAUAGUUUAUGUACACCAUUGUUUGUGGGUGGUUUUGAACAUGCAGAAGGAAUCUUGUUUAAAUAUGAAAAACUGGACUCUUCCUGAUUCUGCUUGUUCUCACUCGGACUGACACUUUAAUAAAGGAAAGAAUUUGA